AUGUGUCCGGAGAGUCUGUGGAAUGUCGAUCAUCAAGGCGUCCUGGCACUGCAGUCGGCGUGUUUUGACAAUGAUGGGAGUGACGCUAGACCCAUUCCGACGGGACGACAAUUGCUGCAAUUGUACUGUCGAUUGACUUGUGCGACAGGAGGUCUGCACAAGAUUAUUGAUGUGGAACAACAACGCGCGCCACUCCAAGUGGCCAUUGCCUCGCAGACGAGAAUGGAAGUGGCGCAAAUGAUUUUCGAAGAAGAUCCGACGGCUAUUCGAUUGACUGACAAGGACGGACGAUUGCCACUCCAUCAUAUCAUGACCAAUCAAUUUCAAAGUCGACAGUUGCGCAUGCUCAAGGAAAAAUUGACGUGGCUCUUGCAAGUCGAUCCCAGUGCCGCUGUCUUUCCCAUGACACUACGGCCAAGAGCCCCUCCAAUUUCUCAAAAUCAAUCCUUCCCACCUCGAUCCACCCGAAACAUAAGCUCUCGUGCUCUUACGCCCAACAAGGCAAACAAACCCAAGUCCCACCAUCUUCCUUGCCGUCGGCAAACAACAACACAGCCGACUUUUGUAUUCUCCCGAUUCCACCGCCUUGCUCAAAUUGUUGCUCACGCCGCGCAAUGCCACGUCCCAAUCCGAUCGCAACGAAUGGAUUCUAUUUGCCGUAGAGGCAGUCUUACACGCCGUAAGACAGUACCGACCAAUCCCUGUGCCAUGCCCGAUCUCGAACAUGGAAAUUUACCGCUUCAUUUGGCCGUACAGAAUCAUCGACACGAACGCAGUGCGCCCGGGCUGGUACAAGGACUCUUGCAGCAUUAUCCCGGAGCCAUUCUACAUGCCAAUCACAAGGGACAGACCGCACUGCAAUUGUUACUGGGAUCGCAGCAAGCUUCAUCCAGCAACAACGAAAACAACAACACAGCAACUGUUGUUCGCUCGAUACCAUCUUCACACUCGUCAUCACAAUCCCACCAGUGUUCUGUAGUACGGUAG